AGGAAUUAGAGAGUAAAAUCCCAGCACAAUGUUCACCAAUAGAGACACUGAUCCAAGUAAUGAUGAUGUGGAGGCCGAGUUUCCCAGGUGUUCGGGUUUGCGGAUCUGCCAGGCAAUCACCAUUCAUCAAUCUCAUGACUUCCCACUUUUUUCCCAUAGCUGCCAGAAUUAUAUGCACUGGCUGAGAAUUUUCAUAAGGAGAGCAAAAAAUCAAAUCACCUAAAAACUCUUGGUAUUUCACCAACUGAAGCACGGAGAACACUUAGUCAAACCCUGAAUGCCAUGGCACCCACUAGCAGAACUGAUUUGGGAGAAGAUUCCCAAUCUGUGGUUAGAAAAGACAAGGAGAAGCCACCAUCAAUGACUGAACUCCUACACCGCAGCUUACUGACCGGCUCACCCUCUCCAGUAGACAGGCUGGGGAAAUCCCAGGAGAGACUUGCUUACUAUGGGAUCCCUCCUCCCUUGCACACUUUUCCCUAUGAGAUUAUCCUCAGUGAAACCAACCUUUCAGGCACACCGAAGAAGUUUUCAAGUGCCAGAAAUUUAUCGAAGAUAAGCAUUUCCAAGGUGAAGGCAGACAAGUUUUUAUUUGAAGAUAGAAUUACUGAAUACUCAAUAAUUGAACCAGAAAAACAAUUCAUGGAUCUAAGGGAUCUGGAGUGGAAAUAUUACAAAGGGAUCACAAAGUGGACACGCAAAACUUCAGAUGUAUUUGCAAAAAUACAGCACAACAGUGAGAAGAGGUUUGUAAAGAGCAAGGAGAUGCCUGGUAUUAUUUCCCCCCCACUAGUUCGUAGGUCUUUGGUCGUUUUUCCCAAAAUUGAUUUUCCACCAAAUUUAACUUCUUCUUAAGUGAAAUAUAUAGUUUAUUGAAAAUAUUUUGGAUGCAGAUUUUGCUUUUAAGAAUUUUGAAUUUACACACAAAAAUUUAAGAAGCAGAUGCACCAAUGGAACAUGGGACCUGAUUCUAUAUGAUAUGCACAUAAGGUUUAAAAUUAAACCACAAAUAUGGAGUAAAAGAUCCAAGCUGACCUUCUAGGGUUGGCAGGAAGCACUGAGGAAGAAGUUUCCAGAUCACAGCACAGUAAGAUAAAGGCGGAAGUUAUAAAAGAAGUUGAGGGUAAUGGAGUCUAAAUAGAAUGAGAAGUUCAGAAAUAUAUCCAAGGGAAAUUGCAGAAGGAAAUAAGGAGAAUGGAGAAAAGAUGACACUUGAAAAAAAAAAUGACUGAUCGUUUUCUAGAAAUGAAGAAACACAUGAAAACUUGCAUUGAAAAAUCUCACUGAGUGAUGAGCAAGAAAAUAAAUCUAUACUUAGAAAUGCAGUAGCAGAACCGAAGAGCAUUUAGCAAAAAAAAGAAAAUAUAAUCUACAAAA